AUGUCCCUCGACGACCCCGCCAGCCAGAACCACCUCUCCGAGAGUCUGGAAAGGCUCAAGGUCGCCCAGGACGCUCGCGACGUCAUCCCUGAGGAGGAGGACCACCCCGCACUCAACGGCCACGACCCCGAGCCCCCGCACUCCCCCGCUGGCUCCUCCACCCAGCCCCAUCCGAGCCAGCAGCUGAGGCGCGAAGGCUACGGAUUCCGUCCGUCCGGCAUCUCCACCCCGCUCUACACCUCCAAGGCGGUCGUCCGCGGCAGCACCCCCCUCGUUGACUCGAACGGACUCGGAUGGCCUGCGAAGUCCACCCAUCUCCGCCUUAAUGCGACCGCAGAAGAGCGGGCCGAGCGCGAGAAGAAGAUGUCCGCCGCCGUCCGCACCAUCCUCGAGUGCAUUGGCGAAGAUCCGGACAGAGAAGGCCUCCUCAAGACCCCGGAUCGCUACGCGAAGGCCCUCCUCUGGAUGACGCGCGGGUACGAGGAGCGGCUCGCGGACAUCAUCAACGACGCCGUCUUCGAGGAGGACCACGACGAGAUGGUGCUCGUGCGCGACAUCGACGUCUCCAGUCUCUGCGAGCAUCACCUCGUGCCUUUCACCGGCAAGAUUGCGAUAGCCUACAUCCCAAACAAGCUCGUCCUCGGCCUCUCGAAGCUCGCGCGGAUAGCCGAGACGUUUGGUCGCCGGCUCCAAGUCCAGGAGCGCCUCACCAAGCAGGUCGCCCUCGCCGUCCAGGAGGCCAUCCACCCCCGCGGCGUCGCCGUCGUAAUGGAAGCGACGCACAUGUGCAUGACCAUGCGCGGCGUGCAGAAACCGGGCGCGGUCACCGUCACGUCCUGCAUGCUCGGCUGCUUCCGCACGCAGCAAAAGACCCGCGAGGAGUUCCUCACCCUCAUCAGACGGUAG